AUGUAUUUCGAAAAGACAAACAUGUCAGGCUUUACGUGGCUGCCCAUUACCGACCAAUCCAACCAGUUUCUACUAUUAUACGACUUUUGUAACGUCCUGCAAAAAUUGAUUUUCUUCACUGGAUUACUGCUGAAUGGAUACUUUUUCUACAGGGUAUCUAAGGCCUCGUGUAUUCAUGUUAAUUUUAGAAUUGUCUUGGUAAGUUUGGUAAUGAGAAUUUUAAAAUAUUGUAGUAGGAGUACCAAAUGGUGAGUAAGGUUCAAGCAUGAGUCGGGGUUUAGUAAGAUAUAGAUAUAUUAGCCAUAUGUAGAACCAUGGUAAGUUACGGGUAUGCAUGGAUAAAGUAAGGUACAGUUUGAGCUAGCGCUUUAGGUAGUGCUUGCGCUAAAGCCUGUGCUAGAGCCUAAGUUAGAGCUAGAACUUGCGCUAGCAUUACAGCUAAUUCUUGAGCUCCGACUUGAGCUAGGGUGCUUGAGCGUCAGCGUGAGAUUAAGCUUAAGCUAGAGCUUGAGCUAAGGCUUAAGCUAGGGCUUUAGGUAGUGCUUGAGUUAAGGCUUAAGCUAAUGUUUGAGCUAGGGCUUUAGGUAGGGCAUGAGCUAAAGCUUGAGAUACAACUAGAGCUAGAGCUUAAGCUAGGACUUGAGCUAGGGCUUGAGAUAGAGCUAGACUUAUACUUACAGCUAUACUUAAGGCUAAGGGAGAGGUUGGAGCUAGAGCUGGAGCUGGAGCUAGAGUUAGAGCUAAAGCUAGAGCUAGAGCUAGAGCUAGAGCUAGAGCUAAAGCUUGAGCUAGAGCUAGAGCAAGAGCUAGAGCUAGAGCUAGAGCUAGAGCUAGAGCUAGAGCUAGAGCUAGAGCUAGAGCUAGAGCUGGAGCUAGAGCUAGAGCUAGAGCUAGCGCUUGAGCUGGGGCUUGAGCUGUAUCUUGAACUAAGACAUGAGCUAAGGAUUAAGAUAGGGCUUGGGCUAGGAUUUGAGCUAACAUUUGAACUAGAGAUUCAGCUACGACUAAGUAAAAAACAGUUUUAAAAUCUUUCAUUUUUCAGUUCUGUGCCGCCAUAUCGUUCCAAAUAAUGACCACAACACAUUUCAUCCUCCACAUAAUUCUAGAAAAUAUAAGAUAUCUAGAAAAUCGACUGCUCAUAAAUCUGGUCAACUUAUUCAUAUGCCAUCUACACAUGGUAGCUAUAUUUUCUUCGGCUCUAUGCAUGAAUAUGAUUGCUGUUGAACAACAACUGGCAACUUUUUUCGUAGAAAACUACGAAAAAAGGAGUGGCGUUAUUGGGGUCAUACUCAUGAGCAUAGUGGUAUGUUUUAAAUUUUUUUUUGAAAUUUAGGGUUUGGUUUGAAAUGACAAUUUUUAAUGAAAAUUUUUGAAAUUUAAGAAGUUAGGCUUAAACUUAGAAUUGUUAGUAUUAGUAAGCUAUAGCGUAAUAUAAUUAUCAGGAGCUAUCCAAGCCGGUUUUGGAGCUCUAGAGAACUCUAGUCAUAAGGUUAAGGCUUGGUAAGCAUAGGCUGUACUCCUUUCCUAAAAAAUUUGUUUCGGCGGGCCCUUUAAAACAAAAAAAAUUGCUUUUUAUCCCCCUCCAGCAGCAUAAAUUACCUGACACUGCUAAAAGUUAUCAGUCCAUCCUCUCGAAUGGACUCCCAAAAAUUGAUAGAACUCAUAAGCGAGCCCAUGCACGGAAAUCUUUAGUAAAAGGCGAAAGAUUUACCCGUUUGAGGAUGCAUGGACCCCAGAGGUGGCAAACGCUACCUUUUCAUCUGACCAACCAAAUGAGGAGGAUGUCUCUUGACUAGGUUUGACAUAUGCGCGUGAGAAAAGAGGGCGGAAAAGAAAGAGAGAAAUGAACGGGCGAAAUUUGGCGCGCUUUUGCUUCCGGUCGUUUAGAAUGCGUAAAAUAGGUAUUUUAUGAAAUUUUUUGGUUGAAAACUUUUUUAAGGCUUUGUAUUUUAUUUAUCUUUAAUUAUUUUAAAACUUUUUUAAAUUUAAAAUAACUUUUUUUAGGUUUAAACCUAAAAAACGAAUUUUUUCAAAAAAAUCUCUCAAAAAUCAGUGAAAAACUCAGGUUUUUUUGCCAAUUUCAAUAUGACCUAUAAAUUUUUAGUUUUUUCAAAGUGUGCCAACAGGAGUAAUAUAUCAAUAUGUUGUUAUGGGUGACGAUUUCAAGUUGGAUUCAACGUAUAAUUCAUGUAUAUUAACUGAUCUUUACCCACAAGUCGGACUUCACGGCUUUUCAGUGGCGUUGAUCACUUGUACUGGAUCUGCUUUGGUAUGUUUUUGUACAAAUAAAUAUACAUAUUGUUUUAGGUGUUUUUAUGAACCUACAAAUUGUUUUGGAGUUCAUAUGAAUCUCAAUAUAAAUGUUUUUUUGAUGUUUUAUAGAUUAUUAAUGUAGGUAUUGAACUAUCAUACCUUUUUAACCUUCAACUGUACUAACAGUACCAUUUCAGUGGCUACUGAUCCUACGGAGUGUGAACAAGAAAAGAACGAGAAAUCGGUUGAAUUUGGAGAGUUUGAGUGCCAGAUUUCAACAAACUAUGAACUCGGAUAGUAAUGCGUCAAUAGCACCGAGUAUGAUCGGGUAUACUGUGAUGGCCUUGUUGGGAUUGAUCGUGGAAGGUGCUAGAAUCUAUUUUAUCAACGACUUUGGGAGCAUUCUGGACAGGGCUUUUAUUAAGGUAAGGCUGACUAGUCUUGUUCUACGGUAUUCUUUCUUACCCUGAACUUACUGUACUUAAUAAUGUCAUACUGUAAGUCUAACCAUUAAGAUUCCAUUUUCAGUUAACAUUCAUAAUCCUGGAUAGCUACGCCAUUUGUCAUGCCUUAUGUUUUUUACUGUGUAAUUCAGCGACCCGCCAACAAGUUGUACGAGACAUAGCGCGAAUAUUUGGUGGUGGUAAAGAGAAGAACUAUGGUCAAGUGAGAAGUCGUGAGGAGGAUUAUCAACUAGCUACUGAUACCUACUUUAGUCAACUUAAAAAUGCUUGGGAUGUUAAGUGGGACGUCAAGAAGUGA